AUGACACCAACAGUGAUUAGUACCCACAGCUCACCCGGGACUACCAGCGCUCCAUUGGAGGAUAGAAUGGGCUAUCCUGAGCCAGGUGCGGGUAUGAAAUUUGAGAGCGGAGAGGUUAGGAGACGAUACCUUAAAGAGAGGCUCGCAGCUGGAUUCAGGGUUUUUGCAAAAUAUGGGUUCGACGAAGGGGGGGUCGGUGAGAACCCCCAUGACUCCUGAUCGCUAUCCAUUACAGAUCUGACAAUGUGUGCUAUAGCCGGUCAUAUAUCCCUUAGGGUAACAUAAUCACAACUCUCCAAAUCAUUGGCACCACUAACGCGAACAGGAUCCAAUCAACCCGAAUGCUUUUUGGGUAGGCUGAAACCGCCCCCUCCCCUUCACUCUACCCCCACCCGAGUGUCACUCACGGGGUUUUAGUUUAACCCGUUUGGUCUUCACUUUGCCUUGAUCAAAGCUUCGGAUUUGCUUCUCGUGGAUGAAUCCGGGAAGGUCAUUGAUGGCGGCGCAAAUCGCUACAUCAAUGUUGCUGGCUUCAAGAUCCACUCGGCAAUCCACAAAGCUCGUCCUGAUGUUAACUGUGCUGCACAUGCCCACUCCCUUUACGGGCGGACAUUUUGUGCUUUUGGAAAACCCCUAGAUAUCAUCACCCAGGACAGCUGUGCGUUCUAUAAUGUUAGUUUCUGACCAAUUAGUUUAGAGGCAGAUACUGAUCAGUAUACGCUACCAGGAUCACGCGGUGCACGAAAACUUCAGAGGCGUAGUCCUAGAGGAAGACGAAGGUAUUGCUAUUGCUCAGAGCCUUGGAGUAAAGAAGGUAGGUUUCUCAUGAGCUUGCCAGUAUUAGACCAUAGUUGAUUAACCGGCAGUAUAGGCAUUAUUGCUCCAAAACCAUGGGCUACUUACCGCCGGUGGAACAGUAGAGGAGGCCAUAUACUGGUUCCUAUCCCUAGAUAAGUGUUGCUAUACUCAAUUGCUCGCAGACGCAGCUGCAGCCGGUAAUGGAGGAACGGCCAAGAAAAUCGGGGACAAGGAGGCACUAGAUAGGUAUGUUCCCGUGUCAUUUCUCCUAAGUUUGCUAGGGAGCUGACCCCUUUGGCCAAACCCAGUUGGAAGGUGGUCGGCACUAGCAAGGGCGGACACUUCGCAGGGUGUUCAAUUUUCGACUUGAUUGAGGCUGAGACUAAGGGGGAUUAUAAAAACUAG